AUACAUAUGUACAUACAUAUAAUCAGUGGCGGAUUAAGAGUAUCCGAGGCCCUAAGCAAAGAGCCCGCGUAGGCCCUCUAUUUCUUAAAUGAAAAUAGAAGGUAGAAAGUAUAAAAUGAAUGUUCAUCACUAUAGAAAAUGUAGUAAGUAUAAUGCCGCUAUAUUAGCAAAGGAAAAGCCUUAGAUUAUAUAGUCGUACAGUAAGUAAAUACGUACGGUACCGCG